GACCAUGCGACGCACCGGCAACUUUUGUCUCUGACGCGGAGGAGGCUGAGAAGUGCAGCCGGCCGUGGACUCUGCUCUUGGCCCGCCCCGCGGUCGCCUCCGGCCCUGCUGCGGAAUUCUCGGUCCUGGAAUCGCGGAGGACUCUGGGCAGCGCAGUUCCCGCGAGGCGGGCGGCCAUUGUCCGCUGCAGCGACCCGGCGCGUUAGGCACUGCCCUUCUAUAAGAAGAGAGCCCGGAAAGAGGACUGUGUUGACUUUUGGAAAUUGCAGAGUCAUGUUUCAGGUGACAUUUAGUGAUGUGGCCAUAGACUUCUCUCAUGAAGAGUGGGGAUGGCUAGAUCCUACUCAGAGGAAAUUAUACAAGGAUGUGAUGGUACAGAAUUAUGAGAACCUGGUAUCUCUAGGUCUUUCCAUACCUAAGCCAUACGUGAUUGCUUUAUUGGAGGAUGGCAAAGAACCUUGGAUGGUGGAGAAAAAGCUGUCAAAAAGUUUGUUUCCAGAUUGGAAAUCAAGAUGGGAAAGCAAAGAAUUAUCAACGAAGGAAGAUAUUUAUGAUGAAGAUUUUCCCCAAAUGGUAAUAAUGGAAAAAACUAUAAAACAAAGUCAUGAAUUUUCAAAUUUUAACAAGGACUUGGAUUAUAUAGAGAAGUUGGAGGGGAAGUGUGAAAAUCAGGUAGAACAUUUCAGACCAGUGACCCUCACCUUUAGAGAAAGUCCCACCGGGGAAAGUGUUUACCAAUGUAAUACGUUUAGAAGCAUCUUGCCUUUAAAGUCUAUUCUUUCUGAACCACAGAGAAUUUCUGCUGAAGGGAAGUCACAUAAACGUGAUAUAUUUAAGAAGAGCUUACCAGCAAAUUCAGUUAUAAAAAAUGAGAAUAUCAAUGAUGGAAAGAAACUUUUGAAUUCUAAUGAAAGUGUGGCAGCCUUCAGCCAAAGCAAAUCUCUUACCCUUCACCAGACUUUUAAUACAGAGAAAAUCUAUACAUGUAGUGAAUGUGGGAAAGCCUUUGGGAAACAAUCAAUCCUUAAUCGCCAUUGGAGAAUUCAUACAGGAGAGAAACCCUAUGAAUGUCAUGAAUGUGGGAAGACUUUUAGCCAUGGCUCAUCCCUUACUCGACAUCAAAUAAGCCACAGUGGAGAGAAACCUUACAAAUGUAUUGAAUGUGGGAAGGCCUUUAGCCAUGUCUCAUCACUUACUAAUCAUCAAAGCACUCACACUGGAGAGAAACCAUAUGAAUGUAUGAACUGUGGAAAGGCUUUUAGUCGUGUUUCACAUCUCAUUGAACAUCUGAGAAUUCAUACUCAAGAAAAACUCUAUGAAUGUCGAAUAUGUGGGAAGGCCUUCAUUCACAGGUCAUCUCUCAUUCACCAUCAGAAAAUUCACACUGGAGAGAAACCUUAUGAAUGUAGCGAAUGUGGAAAAGCCUUUUGCUGUAGCUCACACCUUACUCGACAUCAAAGAAUUCACAGUAUAGAGAAACAAUUUGAAUGCAACAAAUGUCUGAAAGUCUUUAGCAGCCUCUCAUUUCUUAUUCAGCAUCAGAGUAUUCAUACCGAAGAAAAACCCUUCGAAUGUCAAAAAUGCAGGAAAUCCUUCAGCCAGCCUGAAUCACUGAAUAUGCAUUUGAGAAACCACACUAGAUUGAAACCUUAUGAAUGUAGUAUAUGUGGGAAAGCCUUCAGUCAUAGGGCAUCCCUGUUUCAACAUCACAGAAUUCAUACUGGAGAGAAACCCUAUGAAUGUAUUAAAUGUGGGAAGACCUUCAGCUGUAGUUCAAACCUUACUGUACAUCAGAGAAUUCAUACUGGAGAAAAGCCAUAUAAAUGUAAUGAAUGUGGGAAAGCAUUUAGCAAAGGCUCAAAUCUUACUGCCCAUCAAAGAGUACAUAAUGGAGAGAAACCCAGUAGUACAAUAAGUGUGGAAAAGCCUUUAGGCCAUAUAAAUCACUAUACAUGUGAAAGAUCAUAUAAGAGAGAAACUGCAUAAAUGCAGAAUUUGUCAUAAUAUACUGUAGCCAUAGAUCUCCCUGAUUCAAAAUCAGAAAAUCUGUACUGGAGAAAAUUCUUAUGAAUGUAAUGAAUAUGGGAGACUCUUUAGCAAUGAUACAAGCCUUAUUGUCUAUCACAAUUCAGAUUGUAGAGAGACUAUAUGAAGGCAAU